GCGGCGCGGGGUAGCGCGGGGCGACAGCGGGGCGGCGAGGGGAGUGUUGUGAUUCAUGCUUUCCAGCGUCAUCCCUCCCUUUCUCCCUGCCUCCCCGUCCUCUGCCUCCCUGCCCCUCACUCUCCCUCACACGCGCACCCAGCCCUCGCCGCCCCUUCCCAGCUGACCAACGCCGCGUCCUAAUUUGUUUCGUUUGUCACGGCAAGAAUUUGUUAGCUGGAAGGUGGGGCCGUCCUGGCUAGGACGCCCCAGCAGCGGCCAGCAGCCCCGUACGCCGCCGUGCACCUGGAGCACGUGACGUCAGCUGUCAGCACAAAGCCGUGCCGCGGGAGGCUGACGAGGAACAAUGAGGAAAGUUCCCGAGAGGCGGCACCGGCUGCCUCAGUUCGCCUGACGUCACCGCGCCACCUACCGCCACUGCUGCCGCCGCCACCGCCACCGCCAACAUUAACCCGCCGCCAAAACCCGCCGCGCUGGACCGGAAGUGGAGCAUUAGCCUCUAUGGACAAGUUGGGCAGCGCUCAAUUCGCCGAGAUGGGAUAUUGUGAUAACUCAACCUCAAGUUUUUAACGCGCGGCCACGCGCCCCGCUACCUGCAGGCCGAGGAAGUGCAUUAAAACUCCGGCCAUUAUGACAGGUGAGCCCAAGACCCCGCGCCGCCCACACUCCGCCCGGCCCCCGCAGCCCACGCCAGCCUGAGUCCCGCACACGCCCCCACCGCUUCCCGCCCCAUGGCAGCACGGUGGCGGCGACCCCGCACCACCGCCACCAGCGUGAUAAUGUUCCGCCACCCGCACCUACGGCAGCGCCUAGUGCAGGAGGCGCAGGUAGUGGCGCGGCGACAACGUCGGCAAGAGAGAGAGCUGGCCCAUGCCACAGUGGUGCUGCUGGCCCGCGCCGCACGCCGCAGGGAGGCCCGCACCCGCCGCCUGACCAUGCUGUUCGGCAUGUUCAAGGUGCGUGCCACAGAGAGUGAGGCCGCAGCGGACGCUGUGCACGCCCCUGCCCAGCAGCAGCAGCAACAACAACAACAGGCGCAGCAGGCGCAGCAGCAGCAAGACAAGCAGGAGUCCUCACUGCAGGCCAACAGCAGCACCGAGUCUGAACACUCCAUGGUGUCCGGCGAGAGUGGCGAGGCGUCCCCUGGGAUAGGAGCUCCGGCCACGUUGUGGGGCGCGGACACACCCCGGAGGCAGCGAGCCCUGUCCGUGGACGUGCCCACAGAGGCGCCCUUCGACACCCCGCGACGACGGUCGGCACCCGAGGUGGUAGUGACCCACGUCGCGCCACAGGAGGACGACGCCCACACGCAGGCCAGCCAGGGGGUGGAGUCCCGCGAGGGCUCCCCAACUCAGGCUUACCCCCACACGCCCUCACCGUCCUCCCCGGGCCGCCUCAGCCCCACCACCACGUUGGUGCCCACCUCGCCACCCAGGUCGCCGCGACGCCUGUCCCGCCCCCUGUCCCGCAUCGCCCACGGCUCCCUCGCUUUCCGCAAGGGCUCCACGAGCGGCGCCGCCCAACAACAGGACAGCGUCACCCUCACGGAAAUCACCGCGCCCCUCGAGGACUCCAGGUUCCUGGAGCUUCUGUCCAACCUGACGCUGGUGAAGGCCAAAGAACCAACUGCCACUCAGCGUACCACGAAGGGGCCGGAGCUGAAACAAGACGCCCCUGUGCUCCUCAGAUUCUAACUACGGUGCCUUCCUUCUCUCUCUCUCUCUCUCUCUCUCUCUCUCUCUCUCUCUCUCU